AUGGUCGCCCCUGCAACCGACCACCCGGGACAAGGUGGUCGCUCCGGCUUCAUCAAAUAUGCUAUCCUGACCGUACCAACUGAAUUCAACCUUGUUCCUGCAGGCGCUCCCUCUGUCGGCACAGAUCCACACAACCCGGGCAUCUGGUAUUACAACGGGACUCCUGCAGUUUGCGCAUUCGUCGGCCCAGACUCUGUCCUCCCAAGAUGUUACAAAGACUGGGGAGCCCCAGGCAUUCUUGUAGCCGGGCCGAACUUUGGAACGAACAUGGGGCCGCUUUUAUACACACUUAGAGAAGAAUUCCUGCGAUUGUGCUCUCUGCGUCUAACCCUUCAGUCCCGUAUUUCAACGUCACGAACACGACCAACCCAGCGACGUGGGAAGCCACAGUCGCGUUCAAAUAACGCAGCAAUUCAUCAUGCUACGGAAGACAACCAGCUGGUUUUCCCUCUUGGCUACAGCGUCAAUGUCAACAUCCUGCCACUUACAAAUGAUACGGUUCCAGAGAUUGUUGCGACCCGGUUGACGGGUGAGGCGGAUGUGGAUAUUGCGGCGUUUAAUGAGUCGUCGGGGCCAUUCCACUACCAGAAUAUUGCUCCGAAAUCCGCGGGCGUUGAUGUGUGUUACAACGUGGACUGCAGUCUCCCUGGUGAGACGCAUGUGGUUGAGGGUGGGGCUUAUUCCGUACACAGAGCAGGUGAUGAUGAAGUUCGCGCCGCUGGUGGCAAAUGA